AGGCUAUUCUCUGAUUAAACAAACAUAGAUAUCUUUUCUUCUUGUUUUUGUUAUCGCUUUCAUGAUUUAAUUUCUGGAAACCAAUAUCCUCUUAAAGGAUUUUCAAUUCGUUUAAGGUUUACUUUUCUUGAAUGUUUUCUGCCAUGGAAGGUGAUUGUUUCUCAAGUUCAAGUUGGACGAGUGGAGAGAAGAGGAAGGUGCAAAGGAAACAACAAAAGGAGAAACCUUUUAGAGGGAUAAGAAUGAGGAAGUGGGGAAAAUGGGUGGCUGAAAUCAGGGAACCGAACAAGAGGUCUAGGAUUUGGCUCGGCUCUUACACUACACCCAUCGCCGCCGCCCGUGCCUAUGACACCGCCGUUUUCUACCUGCGUGGCCCUUCGGCGAGGCUUAACUUCCCCGACCUCGUUUUGCAAGAAGAGGACCAACUUAAAGACAUCUCGGCCGCUUCCAUUAGAAAGAAAGCAACCGAGGUUGGUGCUAAAGUCGACGCCUUGCAGACGUCGUCGCUUCAUAAUCAUGUUUCUGCAUCGGAAUUGCCAAGUAGUAGCCCUCGAGUUUUCCAGAAACCUGAUUUGAAUAAGUACCCCGAAAGUUCUGACGAAGAUUGAGUCCAUAUAUACAAUUGCGAUCAAUGAUGAUCAU